CCUCUUCCCUCCUCCCUCCCUCCCUCCCGCCGGGCGGCCCGCAGGGAGGCGGCGGCGGCGGAGCCCGAGGAGCCCGCGAGACCCGCCGCGAAGAAGGUGGCGCGAAAAAAGUGAACCUUCCUUUGAGACUAAUCCUGGCUUGUGCUUCCCACCAUCAUGGCUACGGAAGAGAAGAAACCUGAUGCGGAGUCAGCCAAACCGCAGUCGGCUCCUUCCUCCUCAACCAAUCAGAGCAAGCCUGCACCUGUGAAACCCAACUAUGCCCUGAAGUUCACAUUGGCAGGACACACCAAAGCCGUCUCCUCCGUAAAAUUCAGUCCCAAUGGGGAGUGGCUGGCUAGUUCUUCGGCUGAUAAGCUGAUUAAAAUUUGGGGUGCUUACGAUGGCAAGUUUGAAAAAACCAUGUCUGGACAUAAACUGGGGAUCUCUGAUGUUGCUUGGUCAUCUGAUUCUAAUCUUCUUGUCUCUGCCUCCGAUGACAAGACUCUCAAAAUUUGGGACGUCAGCUCGGGAAAAUGCUUAAAGACUCUGAAGGGGCACAGCAACUAUGUCUUCUGCUGCAAUUUCAACCCUCAGUCAAACCUCAUCGUCUCAGGAUCGUUUGACGAAAGCGUCAGGAUCUGGGAUGUCAAAACGGGGAAGUGCCUGAAAACACUGCCAGCCCACUCGGACCCCGUUUCUGCUGUGCAUUUUAACCGCGAUGGCUCCCUGAUCGUGUCCAGCAGCUACGAUGGUCUGUGCCGGAUCUGGGACACGGCUUCUGGCCAGUGCUUGAAAACGUUGAUUGAUGACGACAAUCCCCCCGUGUCAUUUGUGAAAUUCUCUCCCAACGGCAAAUAUAUUCUAGCAGCCACUCUGGAUAACACUCUCAAACUUUGGGACUACAGCAAAGGAAAGUGCCUCAAGACCUACACGGGCCACAAGAAUGAGAAGUAUUGCAUCUUUGCCAACUUUUCAGUUACUGGUGGAAAGUGGAUCGUGUCCGGUUCGGAGGACAACUUGGUGUACAUUUGGAAUCUCCAAACGAAGGAGAUUGUACAGAAGCUGCAAGGACACACAGACGUUGUGAUCUCCACGGCUUGCCAUCCAACCGAGAACAUCAUUGCCUCCGCAGCCCUAGAGAACGACAAAACGAUUAAACUUUGGAAGAGUGACUGUUAAGUGCCCUGGGCACCGGCAUCACACAGAGACUGUUGGGGUGGUGUCCAUAAAAUCGAAGGGUAUUUUGUGUUUGUGUUUUUUAAAAAAGAAAGGAAAAAAAACCAACCCACAUUUCAGCCGCAUUAGCAGGAAAUCCGGAGCGAUGUUAAGGCUUGGCCUACGGAGAACCGAAGCGCCCUUUUCCUUGGCCUGACCCUUGUGUGGGGAGCCCCCCCCCGGAGUGGGGGCUGUUCAGUCCUGCCUCCCCCCAGAAAGAAUCUUUUUAAAGUUCUGAUUUAAGACCACCUCAGGCCCCCUUCAGCGAAGGAGCUCAGGGGCCCCGAUAGGCCUCCUCAGUGAAGACGGAAGAAUAUUUUCAGUGCGACCAAAUCAAUGUGCCCCAUGUGGCCCUUUCCCUGCCUGGUUUCCCAGAGUCUCCCCUCCUGCUGUGGGCUCUGGUGGAUGCUAUUGCGGUGAAAAUCUUCCAAGGCUUCCCCCCCCUUGCCCCCUCCCGCCAAAAAAACCCAAAAGAACCAACUCUUGUGACCCCUUUUUUGUUUUCUUUUUACUUUUUAAAACCAUUCUGGCAAAUUUCACAAUAUGUGUACAGUUACCUAAGUGUAAAGAAUUUUUUUAUCUGGAAAAAUGUCUCUGUAUGGACUUGUAUUGCUUAAUAGUAUGACUGUAUCUUU